CCUAGUUUCGUCCGCGCACAACUUGCUCAAAAUGGGCAACUCACUAGGCAUAUUUUGUUCCUGGUUCCGCCGCAGGUUCCGGCCACGCCAUCGGCAAUGUGCUCCUCUAAGGGCAUUGUGCCCCUGGUCCCAGCGCAGGUCCUGGCCACCCAUUUGGCAUCGUGGUGGUCUUGUCUGUGAGGGCUUCCCAUUUGGCUGGGCUCACCCCGCGGCUCCUGCACCUGUGCCUGCCCCUGGAAUCCAGGGCUAUUACCGAUUCCUUUUCAAACCUCAGCAACAUCUUGGGCCUUCUCUUCCAGCCAGUUGGGAUGGCGCCCCUAUGAGGCUGCGUCGUCUUCUCCCUCGGAACAGGGGCACCCCACUGAGGGUCCCGCCUCCUGUGGUCUGGAGCCCCCCCUCAAGGAAGAAACCUGUGCUGUCGGCUCGCAACUCCAUGAUGUUCGGACACCCCAGCCCCGUGAGGAUCCCUCCUCUCAGAGGCAAGUUUAACCUCCAACUGCCUUUAUUAGAUAAGCAGGUGAUCCCAGCCAGGAUCCCGAAGAUGGAAGAAGAGCCCGAAGAACCAAUGGAAGUGGAUCAGGUAGAGACCCAGGAG